AUGUUCAAGAGUAAGCGUCUCAACGUUUCGAAUCCUUUCAAAUCGGAUCGCUCAAAGACCACAACAAGUACUUCAGAUUCAAACAAAGCUUCAGCCGCCAAGCCAUCAAAGAAGUUUUCAAUUAAAGAUAUCAACUAUGGCAGUUCAUACUCUAAGCUAUUUUCUGUUAGAGAGGUUAGUCGCUAUGGAUUGAGCGGUAGAAUAGUGACGGCUGCGUUCGACUUUACUCAAAGCCUGCUAGCGGUUGCAACCGAUGCUGGUGAAAUACACGUUUAUGGACAGCAACAAGUUGAAGUUGUUUUUGCUUUGGAUAACAAAGUACUGAUAAAGCAUAUGACAUUUGUUAAGGGUAUCUACCUUGUUGUUAUUGAUUCGAGAGACGCCAUUAUGAUAUUCUCUUUAUACUCAAAGAAACUACUAACUUCAGUCUUCAGCCCAGGGAAAAUAGCAUGUAUUGAAAGCGAUCCAUCAUUGGACUGGCUUCUAAUCGGGCUCCAGAGCGGUAUUACAUUGAUCUAUGAUGUUGACCGUAACCAGAUGUCAAACAUCAAAAUCGAGAAUUUGCAGAAGACACGUUUCUUCCCCAACAGCCGUGUUUCGCCUGUCGUGUCAUUGCAAUGGAAUCCUAGAGAUAUUGGGACAGUUCUGAUUUCUUAUGAGUUAGUCACUGUGAUAUAUUCACUGGUCGAAGGGACGAUUAAAAGAGACUUUAUCUAUGAACUGGCACCCGGUGCGCCGGGAGGUGAAUUCUCUAUCGAUGUGAAUAAGGCCAGGAGACCAUUAGUGAAGCAGUCACUCUAUCAUCCAAACUCUCUACACAUCAUGACAGUUCAUGACGACAAUUCCAUGGUUUUCUGGGACGCCAACAGCGGGAAACUGAUUCAAGCAAGAACAUUGUUUGAGACUGAUGUUCACAUCCCUCAACCAGCAAUACAGAAACCUUCAAUAUCAGAUGUUCCUCAAAUAACUAAAGUCGCCUGGAUAUGUCAGAGCAAUCCCGAAUACACAUCAUUGCUGGUUUCAACUGGUAGUCGGCAAGCUGGUCAAUCUAUGGCGAUGAUUAAUCUUGGAGGAACGCCAAUGUACUCAAUCACCUCAUAUGAAAAUAUGAGUAAAUACUAUGCCAACACCCGCGAGCAAAAGAUCUUUCCACUGACUACAGGAGCGCCCAUAGUGAACUUCUAUCCAUUACCAAGAAAGUCUCCUUACUUUUCAGGAUGCCAUGAUCCUGGAGUGAUCUUAAUCUUAUUAGGCGAUGGGGAAAUCGAAACUCUGCUCUAUCCCUCCGGCUUCUUCACAUACAAGGCUUCAUUAUUUCCUCAAAGUAUUGCCUGGGUAAGACCAACGGCUACGAUAUCUGUAGCUGCUACUGUUCCGAAGAAUUUAUGGCUGGGUAUGAUGUCAGCCGCCAAAGCAGAUGACUUCCUUUUGAAAGGCGGUUCACCUGUUAAAAAGACCGUUCGGGCUAAUGAUAUUCGCUCGGCUCUGGCAACUGGUCAUAUCAAUGGGUCAGUUAGAAUAUGGGAUGCAUCACAUGGCGAAUUGAGCAGUAGUGCUGUUUUUGAGAUGAAUCUUUCGCAUGUUUUGAACCGGUCGACUGGUUUGGAGGUUGAUCAUAUUUCGUUUGCUACAGAAACACUUGAAUUAGCCGUUUCUAUCAAGGCGGGUGAAGUUGUACUCUUCAAGUUUGAAGUUAACCAAUUUUACAAGCCUGGACAAGAAAACAGCGAUCGUGAGCUUCAGAUGAACUUCAGAAGAUUUUCACUCAACGACUCUAAGGAACUUCUGGUGGAUGUGCGCGAUCGGUCACCGGAGAAUGUCAGACAAGGCUUCAUGCCAGUUACAGCGGUGCAUGCACAAAAAGGCACCAUAACUGCCGUUAAAAACAGCAAUGUAGGAUUCGUUGGUAUCGCUUAUCAAGAAGGAACUCUUGUGGUGAUAGAUAGAAGAGGACCUGCAGCUAUCUUCAUGGGAAAUAUCAAUGAUAUGUGUGAGGCGUCCCGAAGUUGGAUUACUUCUAUGGAGUUUGUCAUUUUAGAAUACGGAGACGAUGGCUAUUCCAGUAUAUUGCUACUCUGUGGGACGAGCAUGGGAGAGCUGAUUACUUUCAAAAUUUUACCUGAAGCUGGAGGUCGAUUUGGUGUUCAUUACAUGGAAACAAAGAAGACCAAUGUGGAGAGCCCUAUAUUGAAUAUCGAUUCAUACUCCAAAACGACAGGUCACAGCUGCCAGGCCACCAUUGCUCAGAUGCAGGACCUAAAAAAUGGCGUUGUGCACAACGGAGUAGUUAUUGUUUCAAGCUCCAAUGAUGUUCGCUCUCUGAAAGUCGGCAAAUCGUUAGAGAGUCGUAAGACAUUCAAGAGUCCAGUAGCCGCCAGUUCUUUGUCUUUUAUCCCAUAUGUCGAAGCUGAAGGCGAAGUGAAGGUAGCAACCGUUUCAGUGAACUUACUCGCCAGCGGGGAUAUUGCGAUUCUUUCUGUACCAGAUUUCAAAGAGAUUUCCUCCUUGAGAGUACCGAUAGCAUCACGCUCUCAGUUUUUGAGCGGUUCCUCUAUUUUAAGAAACGGAGAUUUGAUUGUUAGAACCAACCAAUCUCAAGCAUCUCUUCUGUCGAUUGUAAACGAGCAAGCCACUGGUUUAAACAAACACUAUGAUUUGAAAUCUGAAUCGGCUACAGAUCAGCUUUAUAACCCGGGCUUGAAGAUUCCAUACAGACCUCAAGUCAAUUCCCUUCAGUGGGCCAGGGGCACCAUGUAUUGUACGAUAGACCAAUUGGAUAAGCUUCUGGGGGGUGAAUAUAGGCCACAAUCCAAGUUCGAGGAGAGCAUAAUUGCCAAGGGUACAUUAUCGACAAAGCCUGAGGAGAAGUCUAGCAUAGACAGCGAAACAGAUUACAAAAGGCCCACCAGAAGCGGCUCACGAUCAAGCCGCUAUGGGGUCUUCAAAAGCGUAUCCCGUGCUGUGGAAAACCGUAUGGACGCUAUCGAGGAUACCUUUAACGAUUAUGCGACCGCCAUGAGUGAAAGUGUUAAUGAUGUUGUAGAACAGACCACUAAAGAUAUGGCCAAAGGAGCGUUUGGUCUUUAA